AACCGCAAAAAGAGAUAGAUCUUUUGCAGCAGGUGAAAUUUUGAGCAAAAACAAGUUUGUUGUUUUCGUGCGGAAGAGUUUUAAACGCGACAGAAAAUGGAACCGCAAGUGUCGAACGAGAUUAAAAUUAUCGUCAAAUGGAGCGGCAAAGAGUUCCCGAUAGAAGAUUUGACCGAUCAGGACACAGUUGCUGUGUUAAAGCACGAAAUUUGCAAAAAGACACAAGUGAAGCCGCCGCGGCAGAAACUUCUCAAUCUAAAGUACAAGGGUAAAUUCGCCACCGACGAGGUGCGUCUCGGUAUGAUGGAACUGAAGCCCAACUUCAAGCUGAUGAUGGUGGGUUCGCUGGAGGCGGAUAUCGAGGAAGCAGCUUCGAAGCCGGACGACGUCGGAACGGUAAUCAACGACCUGGACAACGACGACGACGACAAGGUUCCGCUGGAGAAUAAGGAAAUUUAUUUGGCCAAAAUUAACAAACGAGUCCGCGAGUACAAAAUCAACGAACUCAACCCGCCACGCGAGGGCAAACGUCUGCUGGUGUUGGACAUUGAUUACACUCUGUUUGAUCACCGAUCGGCGGCGGAGAACGGUUCCGAGCUGAUGCGGCCGUAUCUGCACGAGUUUCUCACGUCCGCCUAUCAGGAUUACGACAUCGCCAUUUGGUCGGCCACUUCAAUGAAGUGGAUCGUUGAGAAGAUGAAACUGCUGGGCGUUUCAUCUCAUCCCGAUUACAAGCUGGUCUUUAUGCUGGACUCCGAGGCCAUGAUCACCGUACACUGUCCGAUUCGUGGCGUUAUUGAGGUCAAACCAUUGGGAGUUAUUUGGGGCAAAUACGAGCAGUACUCGUCCAAAAAUACCAUCAUGUUUGACGACCUGCGGCGGAACUUUCUGAUGAACCCCAAAUCGGGACUGCGCAUCAAGCCGUUUGCCGAAGCUCACCUGAAUCGGGGCAAGGACAAAGAGUUGCUCAAGCUGUCCAAAUAUUUGAAGGACAUUGCGGCGCACUGUCCGGACUUUAACGAGCUGAAUCACAAGAAAUGGGAAAGCUUCAAGCCGAAAAAGCGUCGCGAAGCGACCGACGAGUAGUGUGAGUGGGAGGAGGACGGGAAGGAGAUCCGGCAGUGAGUGAGUGCGCGUGUUGUGGUCUGGAUUCGUUUCGAGCUGAAUUGCCUUAUUCCAUUAAUGCUUUAAUUAUGAACUUAAAAAUCCUUAUCCUUAAUGCAAAACAACAUGAACAAUAAAGAUAUCGCAUUUUAGUUUAAA